UGGGACCCACAAGAGGAAAAGAAAUAUCAGAUCCAACAAUUUGGGGAUUUUUUUUCUUCUUCUUCCUCAACGUUUUUUCUCAUCAAGCAGAACCCCAAAAGAGAUAUAAAUCAAUCAAUUAAGAACCAGAAAAAGAAGAAGAAGAAGAAACAAAUUUAAACGAGAAUUAAACCCUAAUAAUAGCCAAGAACAACUAGUUUCCUUCCGGCGAAACCAAACCAAGAGCAAUAAGAAACGGAGAAAGUAACUCACUAGACAACGGGUCAAUUCAAUGCUCACUCUAUGAAGCGUUUGUCAGAAAGAGCAUUCACAAUGUUGCUUUCCAAGUAUGGUGAUGGGCCAACACUAUCUAGUGGUGACCACUGUAUACACUGCCCAAGUGAUGGGGUGAAGACGAUGAUUCGAGCGGAUGACUGUAUGGAUCGGAGGUCCCCUUUCAAAGAAAUUGUGGAUGCCUCACCAGCUGGAAAGACUCUAAAGGGAACGUUGUACUAUGUGUCUAGGAAUUGGUUACUGCAGUGGUCACUGAGAAGGAAUGUGAAUUUUCCCUCUGAAGCUGACAUUGGCCCAACCACUUCAAUUAGGUGUCCCCAUGGAGAGCUUGUGCCAGAACAAGCGGCUGGGGCAAAGCGUGUGUUGAUUCCGGAGGAUCUCUGCCUCUUUCUUUAUGAACAAUCUAACAAGUUGAAACCUGAAGAUCCCUUGGCUUGUUCAACAUUUCCUUCGGAUGCAGAAACAUGUGGUAUAUGCAGCGUCGAACUUAAUAAUGCUAAGCUCAAAGAACGCCAGAAUCAUAAUAAGUUACUCCAGGGAAAUAAUGAUUCCCUUUCUCCAGGAAGCAAGUAUUACUUGGUGCCUUCAUGGUGGCUGAGUAAGUGGAAAAGUUACAUUACAGCAAGUGGGAAGAUGGUGUCUUCACCAGCAGCUGCGAGACCUGACCCUCUAGAGGGUGUUAUUGAUUCUUUGGUAUGUUCGAAGCAUUCGCGGCUGCUAGAAAGGCCUCCCAUUGUCAUCUGCAAACGUGGUCAUAUUUUUCAGAAGCCAUAUACUACAGAUGGAUUGACUUUAAUCUCAGAGAAUGACUGGAAGUUCUUUUGCGAAGAUUGGCAAGGUGCCAACUCGAAAUGUGUAUCUGCUGAAUUUGAGUUCUCUGGUGCUGACGCGAAGAAAUUAAUUGGAUCUUCUGAAGAGGUGCCAAUUUCAGAAGCAAAGUUGAAUGCUUCAAAUGACGAGGUAGAGCCAAGGCAACCUACUAUUAAGACUUAUCCAACGAUAUGCGAAGAAUGCAUAGGAGAAAGAGAAAGGAGAGAGCUAAUGCAAAAAUCAAGUUAUUGCAAUGAAGAGAUUUCUGUAGUUCCGGUACGUGGAAUAGAAGAUCCAAGAUCUGUUCUUGAAGCUUCUUGGGCAGUUUCUGAGCCAGAUAGUCACACUUCCAAGUGUCUAACUAACUUAAAUGGUGAUGUUCUUGAAGCUGAUAACAGUUCCCCUGCUCUCAUUGACAACACAUCAGUUCCCUGCUCCCAUGGUCAAGGAGCCUGGACAACAUUGCUUUUCAAGGCACAUGGAACUACAACUGUUGGACUCCAGCAUCCAAAUUUUGGGGUUGUAGUAGGUGCUGAUGGAAAGACUUCUUGUAUCCAAACUUUAACCCUUGGCGAAUUGGAUCAAUGUAAAAUAAAUCAUUUUGGGGGAGGUGGAGGUGUAGAUCAGUUUAAAAUGUCAGGUGCAUGGGCUGGUGAGGUUGAACGGUGUGAAGAAAUUUCUGCCCAAGUGCAUCAAUUGGUUGAUGAUGCAACAAAUGAAGCUGAUAAAGUCAAAUUCAUUCGUGAAAGACUGAUGGCCUUGGAUGGAGAAUGGGGUUACAUCUUUGGAGAGAUCGAAAAAAAGGCAUACUAUUUAUUGUUGUAUUACGUCAAUCCUAUUAUUUUUAUUAUUGUUGCUUAUUUUUGUAUGUGUUUAAUUUUAGGGUGGAAAAUUCUGUCCAUUUCUCUUUUUCGUAAAGCCAAGAAUGUCAGAUGCUGGGGAAGGAUUUUACUGCUAUGGUUCAGGGAUGGACUAUGCUGCAUAGGUGUUAAGUUCUAUCUCAGAUAUCGGUAAACUGACAUUGGAAGAGGCCAUAGACUGGGUGGAACGAGCGCUGGUGUAUGCAGCACUAAUGGAUCAUUUCUCCGGUGGAAUAUCCUGUAUACAUGCUAUGGGGAUUAAUGGAUAUACAGAAACUCGAACUGAAGGGAUACUGACUACGCUAAGGAAGAGGCAUAAAAGCUAUUUUAAGGAAAGGCGGGCGCUAUAUAAGAAGUAUGACUUUGGGUGGACAGUGUGUGAAUUUGGAAAGUUAACAAAGAAGAGCAAAGUACGAUGGAUAAAUGCUAAAAAGCUGUUCAUAUCUCCUUGCCAGUGGAUGUUCUAUGAGAAAAAGAAGAGUGAUUAUUGGGAUGAGUCAGAAAGUGAUACUUCAGAUGAAGAUGAACCAUCUCCAAAAAGAAAGAAACCAGCUGCUGAUGGAGACUGAGACAAGACCAAAGUUGGUGUUUAUGGUUCUUGUAAUGGUUUAAUUGUAGUGAAGAACGUUGCCUCGGUCUAUGAGGGGACAGCCAGGAUCGGACUUUAUACUUCCUCUAAAACUGUAUUUCCUAAUCCUAUAUCUAGGUUAACUGAAAUCUUUCUUUGA